AUGUCGCGGCCUCUUAAAUUCGACGAGAGGGACCUGGAGGAGCCCAAAGAAAUCGAGUGGACAGACGGAGGAUUACGAACUAAUUCCCAUGACGUCGCCGAGUCCAACGAUGACACCGCGUCGACCGUGGACGUCGACGCAUUGAGUAAUUUGGGCGACCUCGACAACUUGGACGUGGACCACUUGGACGUGGACAACUUUGACGUGGACAACUUUGACGUGGACAGCUUUGACGUGGACGACGGCGUGGACAACGACGACGACGACGACGACGACGACGAGGAAGACGUGGACAAAAGUGCAAGAAAGGAGGACGGACAACUGGACGGCGACCAUGUCGAGGACGACGUCGAACGUCCAAGACAGGAGCACGAGGAACUGGACGACGACGAUGUCCAGGACGGCGUCAAACGUCCAAG